ACUUCAGUGAGUCUCCUGUCGCUCCUUGAGCUGCUUGAGUAGAGGGGCGGGCAGGGAGGCGUGUCUGUGUACCAGGAGGGGAGCAACGUGAGGUGGAGGAGGAAAGGACAUGUCAGAGAUGUUGAUUCAGAGAGAGUUGUUGGAAUGAUCCCCUGGAGGUCCUGUACUUUUUAUGCGGACUUGUAGGGCUGCUGCCUUGAGCCUCUGCUAGAGGUGGACAUAAGAUGUCAAAUGACUCAAAAAACUGUCCUCUUUGCCUUCCAAAUUACAAGUGACAGCAGUUGACCAACACAUUCUCCUGAUCUCUGUUGUCUCCAGUGGAGGGUGAUGACUUUGGCAGGGAACCUGUCGCUUCGUCUGCUUUUGGCCUUGACCACCAUGGCCUCAGGCCUUAACAUCCCUCUAGAAGUGGAACAGCCUCCGACCAUAAUAACGUAUACAUCAGGUCCCAUAAUUGUACUUCAUUUUGACACGACCAUUACUGUCAAGUGUAAAGCCCGGGGCAAUCCACCACCAGAGUACAGAUGGGAAAAGGAUGGCCAAGCAUUUGUCCCCCCAAACUUCCAAACAAUCAGAGCAAACCACACAAAGGGCUUACUUGUGCUUCAGAGUGAGGACAUGUCCGAGUUCGAGGGAAAAUAUAGAUGCUACGCAUCGAACAAGUUGGGAACUGCUAUGACAAAUGAGAUCGAGAUUAAAGCUUUCAGUAUCCCUAAGUUUCCAAAGGAAACCCUCAGUCCCAUUGUUGUUAGUGAGGGAGAACCAAUCACCCUGAAAUGCAACCCACCAGAAGGUGUGGCCCCACGUCUUAUCUACUGGAUGACUGUUGAUCUCCAGCACAUUGAGCAGAAUGAGAGGGUUUCCAUGGGAACUGAUGGCAACCUGUACUUCUCUAAUGCCUUAAAGAAUGACAGUCGCCAGGAUUACGGUUGCUUUGCUGCCUUCAACAGGAUACGCACAAUUGUCCAGAAAAACGCCAUGACUGUUGUGGUCAAACGCUUAAGACCUGCCAAUGACUCUUCAGAGAGCAGCCAUACUCCUGUGGCCCCCCCAGCGAGAAUACCCAGCCUUUUGCUGCCCUCUGGUGUUCAGACUGAGAAGGUGUUGUUGAAGGGAGAGGAUCUGCAGCUCGAAUGUAUACCCGAGGGAUUCCCUACACCAUCUGUGAAGUGGAUAAAAAUGGGAGAAGUCAUGAGUCCUCGGGUAAAAUUUAACAACUACAACAAGCUGCUGAGCUUAUCAGCAGUGGAAGAGAGUGAUGAGGGGAAGUACAUGUGCACAGCUGAGAACUCUGCUGGAAAGGCUGUCCACUACUUUGAUGCAAUAGUGGAAGAGCCACCAAAGUGGCUGACAGAGCCUCCUCAGAGCCAGCUCACUGUGAUUGGGUCUGAUGUGCACAUCAAGUGCUCCGUCAGUGGAAAACCACAACCAGCAAUAACGUGGAGGAGGAAUGGAGUAAUGUUCAGAGAUGACCCAGAUAACAGGAUGCAAGUGCUUGAUGACACUGUGAUACUUCUCAAUGCCAAAGCGGAGGACAGUGGCGUCUACCAGUGUGAAGCCUCCAACAGACACGGAAAUAUUCUAGCCAAUGUUAACAUCAUGAUCAUGAAUAUGGCUCCGCUUAUACUGACAGAGAACAACCAGGAGUAUGCUGCAGUAGUAGGAAAGGAAAUCACCAUGAACUGCAGUGUUUUCAGCUCUCCACCAUCCAGCAUCUCUUGGACCAAAGAUGAAAAAGCCAUCGAGGGGGAACGUUUCCUUGCUUUUGAGAGCGGACAAUCAUUGAAAAUCAUUAACGCGGAAAAAGGUGACAGUGGGAAAUACAUCUGCGUUGCGAGUAACAUGGAGGGCUCGUCGACUGUCACUGCUGUGCUGGAUGUGAAAGACGCUACAAAAAUAGUAGGUCCACCUCAGAACACGCAGGUUGACAGUGGGAAGUUGGCCAAAUUGAUGUGCAAGACUGAAUAUGAUGCAAGUCUGCAGGACACGUUUGAGCUGGUGUGGAGAAAAGAUAACAAGGAGAUCCCACUUUCCUCUGAGAAAAAUUCCAGAUACUCUGUGAAAGGUGCCAUGCUGGAGAUCAUGAAUGUAAACCUGAGUGAUCAGGGAACAUAUACAUGCACUGCUAGAACAAGCCUAGAUGAGGACUCUGCCACUGCAGUACUCACAGUACGGGAUGUUCCUGAUGCUCCGAUAAAGUUAGAGCUGUCCGAACUUGACAGUCCAAGGAAUGUUGUUUUGUCUUGGAUACCUGGAAGCGAUCACAACAGCACCGUAACAGAAUUUGUAGUGGAGUAUGAAGAGAACCGCUGGGAGCCUGGAAGGUGGAAGGAGCUACAGAGAGUCACCGGUAACCAAGCAACAGCCGAGCUAAAACUAUACGGGAACCUUAACUACCAGUUCAGAGUGUAUGCUGUUAACGCCAUUGGACCCGGACCCCCGAGUGAGCCGACUGAACGACACAAAACACCCCCUGCUGCACCUGAUAGGAACCCAGAAAACAUCAAAAUUCAAGGCCAUCAUCCUCAUCAAAUGGAAAUCAGUUGGGAGCCGCUGUCACCUGUUGAGCGCAACGGCCCGGGCUUUGAGUACAAGGUGAAGUACCGCCAACUCGGGGUGGAAGAUAGCUUCACGGAGCACAUGGUCAACAGAUCUGUGUUUCUCGUGAACAACACGCCCACCUUUGUCCCCUACGAGAUUAAAAUCCUGAGCAGAAACAGCUACGGCUGGGGGCCAGAGCCUAAGCCUGUUACAGGUUACUCUGGGGAAGAUGUUGUCUUUUGGCAUUGUCUGCGGGAAAAUGUGUCAGUUCCUACUGCGGCACCACGGGACAUUGCUGUGGAGGUGAUCAACACCACUGUUCUGAGAGUUAGCUGGACCCCAGUUCCACCUGCCACGGUGCGAGGUCGUCUGGGGGGUUAUAAUGUUCACUGGGUGAGGAGAAGAAGUCUCCUGAAUCCCGACAAGAUUUUAGAUUUGAGUCACUCCAUGUCCUUUUCUGGAAACAGAAGUCAUGUCAUUGUGCCAGGACUCGAACCUUUUUCUGAAUACAAACUCACUGUUUAUGUUUUCAACAAGAAGGGCAAUGGACCCAAGAGUGAUCCGGUGACCUUCAAUACACCAGAGGGAGUUCCAGAGCAAGUUACCGUCCUGACUUCCUCCAUCAUCCAGAGAGAUUCAGUUAGGCUGGAAUGGGCACAGCCGUCAAAGUCAAAUGGCAUCCUCACCGGUUACCUCCUGCAGUACCACCUCAUUAAUGAGACUGCACUCGAGGUGAUUGAUUCCAAAGAGAUCAACAUUACCGGGGCUGACACCAACCAUUGGACACUUCAGGGAUUAAAGGGGGACAGCCUUUACCGCUUCGACCUCAGAGCGUGCACUCGAGCAGGUUGUGGGCCUCCACAGGCCGAAGAGAGCCGAACUGAUUUUCCAGAGCCAGAUUUGUCCCAGACUCCAGCUGUGGCCCCUGCUCAGAGCAGCUACAACUGCUCUCUCUCUGUUCCCAGCUCUAUCUCAGGCAAUUCUACUCAUCCUCCUUUAGUUCCAGCCCUGUUGAACAUAAGCUCUUACGUGAGUGACACCUUUGCCAAAAUCAGCUGGACUGCCAGAGAAGAGCAGCGGAGCUUGCAGCUUUAUGUGGCUUAUAUGAAUAACCGUGAUGGGAACUGGCGGAUUUCAGAGGCUGUAAACGCUUCUCAAAGUUUCCACAUAAUUGACGGGCUCGAACCGGAGACGGUGUACACUGUGCGCCUCAUGGCUAAGAGGCUGCUCGAUAACGCUAGUAUUUUCGAAGACGUUAUCGAGACACACACCAAAGGUGCUGCAAGUCAGGAGAGCAGCUUUUCAACCCACGGCUGGAUGAUUGGGACCAUGUGCGCUGUGGCACUGCUCACCCUUGUUGUGGUCAUUGCCUGCUUUCUGCGGAAAAACAAAGGUGGCAAGUAUGCAGGUACGCCAUCGCCACAGCGACAAGAAAAGCUCGCCAUGGAAAAAGUGAAAGAAAAGGAAGAUCCCCACUCUGACACGGAGUCACAGAAAAUGAAUGAUGACACCUUCUGUGACUACAGCGACAGCGAUGAAAAGCCACUGAAGGGCGGUAGCCUGUGUUCCCUGGAAGCAGAUGAUGCAACUGGGGACAGUGUUAGCAGAAACACCCUGGGCGACUACGCAGACGGUGGAAGAGAGUUCAAUGAGGACGGCUCAUUUAUUGGGGAGUACUCUGGACACAGGCAUAGAGGCUCUGUUAGCGAGCCCAACGGACCCAGUCUUGUGAACGUAUAAAAGCCGAGCUGCAACUGAACUGACUUCUACUUGAGAUCCUUUCAGGAUACUUUUUCAUUCAGAUUCCCAACAUUCAGUAAAGCUCAAACAGCCAAAUAAGGGAACUGACUCAAGCAAAAAGUUUAAAAGCGGGUAGAAGUUUUGCCCACAGCCUUUAAUGGUAAGAAAAAAGGGGGGAAAGUGUGUUUUUGUACAUCCUGUACGAAAAGUGAUUAAUGUAAGAUUUUAAAGUUUGAUAAUUUUAUUAAUGAUGAAGUGUUUUUAACCUUUCAGCCACAGUUUUACAUCUACAUUGUUUAUUUUUUUUGUUUUUUACUGUAACAAAGGCAUAAGAUAAAUCAUUUUCCACAAAGUAAGUGUGCAUUUAAACCUCAAAACAUUUUUUUACACAGCAGAUGAAACUAACACAUACAGUAGAUAUGCUUAUGUGUUUGCAGCAUGUUUACAUAUUCAUGCCGUAUAGUACAACGCAGGGUGUCGUAUUUAUUGAAGACAGAAUCACUCUUAUGAUUACAAUACUGUUCUUUUACUGUACAAUUUGGUUUGUUAAUAUGCAAAUAUCAAAGUCAAUCAUUUGUAAUUUUUUUAUAAUCAAAAUGUUGAUGUUCUUUUUGUGUCAAUAUAUCAAACGUGUGUUUUCUUGCUUUUAUAUAUCAAACAGACAAAUGUUUCAGCAGCAUUUAUUAGUUUUUAGAAAGACAGAUGAGUUAUCUUCUUGCAUUUGCAGUGGAGUGCAAUCAUGAAGUUAAAAAAAAAAAAGGUUUCACCCCAAGCCCUCAGCACUCACAAGUACAACAAUUUGUCAUAAACCCAUUUGUAAUUUUUUUUGGACUUUUUCAGUUAUGUGCCUUAAAUAUCCAGGAUAUAACAGGAUGAAUCACUCUACAUCCUCGAAGAAUGACUUUUUUUCCCCUGUCAAAUUCUUAAUGUCAGGUACAUUCUCUUCUUUUUCCACUUGGUGCAAUGACUCAUCAGCAUCAGUUCAUUUUUGGCAACUUAAAAAAAAUCCCGUUGAAGUUGAAGAGAGAUGUCCUCUCAUUGGACGAGGGACGGAAAUACAUCAUGGAAACCCAUUCUUUGUGAAAUUUCGUUCACAAAGCAACACUGAAAAAUGAUACACUCACGGCUGAAUUAAGCUCGACUUUAUGAAAGGUCAAACACACUGUAAAUCCCCAAAAUAUUUUUCCCGUUAUCUCUGCAGUAUGUGCUGCAAAUCGCCACAUGCAUAAUGCAUGUUGCUAAAAUAUUCAUUAGGAAUAUAACUCAAAUAAAGUUGAAAUUUGACCCAUUCGAUAAGCAGAACUAAGAAAAC